AUGCGAGCCAUCCGAGAGAGCGACCCCAACACGCGCUGGGACCCGAAAGCAAUUCUGGCCCGCCUUGACAAUAUCAAGGCCCUUGUGGCGGCCGCCAAAGCGGACGAAGUCACCGAGUCCAUGAGCUCGGAGCAGAAGGCACAAUAUGAAGCUCUUUGUGAGAGAAUGGCCAAUCCACCCAAUGGGUCUGGUGUGGAGGUGAUCGAGAAACAUCUUCGCACGGUAGGCAAUCUGGCGCCAGAUAUGGUUGAAAAAUUCAAGGCUAGACAAGACGCAGGGCCGGAGCAAGGGUAUUGCAACUGUCCCGCUUCCGCGUCGGAGCACCACCCUAGCUGCGUCCUGGAGUAUCCUCCGACCAAGGAGAUCCUUGCUCACGCAUCUGUCGCAACCCUCUCUGCCAUCCAGGCCUUGAAGAGAGCUGAUGGCACUUGGAUCAGGAGCCCAAAGCUCGUUGAGGGGGUGAUGGCGAAAGUCAAGAAUAUUGUCGCAGACACCCAUGCCGAAGGCGCCCUGAUAUCCAUGACUCCUGAGCAGAAGGAGGUUUUCACUCGUAAUGUGGACAGGCUGGAAAUUCAGGUGGAACAAGCUUGUGGUGUCAAGGCGCCAGAGAGUCCGGAGAUCCCACUGCUACAAGUCCUGAACGAGCGUGAGAAGCGCAACAAGUUGUUGAGCACGAUACAGAAGCUGGAGCAGGAGCAGAAGGGCGGCAGCAAGCCCGGCGUGAAGGUAGAGAAGCUCAUGAACGAGGGUCGCUCGGCGGUUCUGAGCUAUCCGCUCGAGGAGUCGGCGAAUGAGGUGCUGACCGGGACGAAGAACCUGGGUCCGAUGCCGGCAGCUGCAAGUGGUGCGGGCAAGAAGACUACAGCGCCGGAGAAGACGAAGAAGGAGAGGAGGGCUGAUGCUAAGGCGGAGAAGAAGGCGGAGAAGAAGUAG